AUGAACAAUUUCACCUACAAAUUUGAUACGCCCGUCUUCAAGGGCAAGGUGGACUUUCCUACUGGCGUCUUCAUCGAUGGCAAUUUCAUAGCAGGUUCUAACAAUACGACCAUCGACGUCAUUAAUCCUACUAAUGGCGAGAUUAUCGCCAAGGUCUCAGAAGCAACGACCAAAGACGUAGACCUUGCUGUUGAAGCAGCCCAGAAAGCAUUCGACACUACAUGGGGCCUCAACGCUCCAGGCGCUCUUCGUGCAAGACUUCUCAAUAAGCUCGCCACACUCAUGGAGGAGCAUCACGACAGGCUGUCAGCCGUAGAGGCACUCGACAACGGAAAGACCUUCAAUUGGGCAAAAUAUGGAGACGUUACGAUAGCCAUCGAUACGAUCAAAUACUACGCAGGCUGGGCUGACAAAAUUCAGGGGAAGACUAUCGAGACGUCGAAGGGGAAGCUCGCCUACACCCGCCACGAGCCUAUCGGAGUAGUUGGGCAAAUCGUAGCCUGGAACUUCCCUCUACUCCUUAUGUGCAUAAAAAUCGCGCCCGCGCUUGCCUGCGGCAAUACCAUAGUCUUCAAACCAUCAGAAUUCACCCCGCUCUCCGCUUUGUACCUCGCCUCUCUUAUACGAACUGCCGGCUUUCCAUCGGGCGUAUUCAACGUCGUUGUCGGGACGGGACCUACGGUCGGCGAAGCCAUAUCUCUGCACAUGGGUAUCGAGAAGGUGGCUUUCACAGGCUCGACGAGAGUCGGGAGGAGAAUCAUGGAGUGUGCGGCGAAGAGUAACUUGAAAGAUGUGACGUUAGAGCUCGGAGGGAAGAGUCCGAACGUAAUCCUCAACGAUGCGGAUCUGGAGUUGGCAGUUGGGUGGAGUUCCCAUGGAAUCUUCUGGAGUUCAGGUCAGGUUUGCAUGGCUGGUUCCAGGAUAUUUGUCCAGUCAGGAAUCUACGACGAGUUUCUCAAGCGAUUUACCGAAAAGACUCGGUCACUCAAACUAGGAGAUCCCUUCGACGCAGACGCCUAUCAGGGCCCCGUGGUGUCGAAAGAGCAUUACGACCGCGUCAUGGGUUACAUCGCCUCCGGCAAGGCCGAUGGCGCCACAGUUCACCAAGGUGGCGAGCGACACGGCGACUUGGGCUACUGGAUCCAGCCAACCAUCUUCACCAACGUCAGGCCGGAUAUGAAGAUCGUCAAGGAAGAAAUAUUCGGUCCGGUCGCUGUCAUCAUCAAAUUUGAGGAUGAAGAUGACGUGGUAAGGCAAGCAAAUGACACAGUGUAUGGGUUGGCAGCAGCGGUCUUUACGCAGGAUGUUUCGAGAGCGUUGGAUGUGGCGCACAGAUUAAGAGCGGGGACCGUUUGGAUUAAUUCCGCCUCUGAGGUGAAUGCGGCCAUUCCUCUCGGGGGCUAUAAGCAAUCUGGAAAUGGACGUGAUCUUGGGGAGUAUGCCCUCAGCCACUACACAAACGUCAAGGCAGUGCAUGUCAACAUUGGCAACACCAGGAUCUGAAGGACUGUACUCUAAAAAGUAUGGUGUGGUAUCAGUUGAUAUCGCGAAUAUACCUAUCACUCUCAUUGUCUCCUCGGAAGAACCUGGCUACACCAUGGUGGAGCCAACUCUCCUUUAGAGGGGCCACAGCCGUCGCAUCGCUGUAAUCAGUCUCCUGAUGCUCGCCAGGCCUUUGCGUUUAUGUACCUUAUCCCACUUACAAGGUGA